AAAAAAAAAAAAAAACAAGAAAAAGAAGCAGAAGAAGCGAAGUAAAAGUUGGGAAAUUCCUCGGUGCAGAAACAGCGGGUAUAUGUAUACAGGUUUAAGUAUAACCCUCCCGCGUAGUAAAAUUAAGCUUCCCGAAACGCCGCGAAACUGUUAAUUAGGACUCAUUACGAUGUUCGGUAGAGUGAGAGUAAGAAAGAUAGAGGAGAAGCUACCGCUGGUCGGUUAAGGGUAGGUGGUUCGGUGUACGUAUACGUCGUGCCUCGUAUAUCCCUACCGCGCAACGUAGGUGUACGCGCGCGUAUAUCCGUACAUCGGAUAGCACGUACACACAGGUAUAUUUACACGAAGUUCUCAGUGCCGCGCGACGAGCAGAGUCAGGGUGGGAGUGGAGUUCUUAGGACGGGAAGGUACAGAGGGUAGGGUUGCCAGCGAGAGACCGAGGGAGUAGAGUGGGUUCAUUGUGUGGAUCAAUACGAAGAGUGAUCGGAGGAGUGGCACCGGGAUUAUCCUCUGGGUUCCUCAUUGGUGGACGAGGAGGUGAAUCGGGAUUGGUCGGGAGUGGUGCUACCAGUAGGCGGUACCGCUCCCAAGGCCCUCGGGCAAUCCGGUUCGACCCUCUGGGGGACUCGUGAAUGCCGCUCCGAGGUAGAGUUCCUCGUCGUCGUCGUCGUCGUCGUCGCGUGGUAAAAAGAGGAAGAGGAGAAAGCACGUUGGAUAAAGACGCCCGAUCGGUUCGGUCUCUAAACCAGUAGGGUGGAGGGGGUUGGCGAGACGCGAGGAUUCAGUCUGUGUUUGCCCACCAGAGACACUGCACCACCACCAUAUCCGAGGGUUUAUUUGUAUCGGGGGUGGAUCGGUACAAACGUAGCCGUAACGCGUUAAGUGCGAGCAAAUAUCAAUUAUUUCCCAUGUACAGGGGCAUCGACGUUCCAGAACAAAUAAUCACCAACCCUUACACCUGCGUUCGCACGAAUAAAGAAAAACAAAUUCACUCGAUCUUGAAGAAGUAAACCCUCCUUCGAGUUCAGGUUGUUGUUGUUGUUGUUGUUGUUGUUGCAGUUGCAGUUGUUGGUGAUCUUUUUUUGGUUUUUUUGUUCUCAUUUUACGAAGGGGUUGUUAUGUGAAAAAAAAAAAAAAUAUAUACAUAUCAUCGUCUAGUUACGUACACAGUGAAGUUCCGACGGGGUUGUUGAUUCAAUUAAAAAUGUGAUCGCGCGAAUAAUUUUCAUCGGUGAAGGAGAGGAUACAGAAGGUUGAUCGGAGGAGAGCAAGUUUGACAUCUGCACUUUGUGACAAGUUUGAACUUCGCGUCCGACGGGUGCGACGAGACUGAUAUCGUUUUAUCCUUAUUUUUGUCAAUCGACUCGUUCCGACGGCGGAUAUUAUGAUUUUCUGCCGUUGAUUCGAUUUAUACGCGCGUAUCGUACAAACGCAUAUUCUCACCGUAUAUCGCGUGUCUGUACAGAAACCAGUCCUUGAAAUCACCGAAGAUUUAUCGCGUCUCCCGCACAGAUCAGGUUCUCUCACUCUUCACGGUAUACCUAUACACCGUACGAUAUUCCCGCGCUCUGAUGCGCCGGCAGUGAUGUCGUUAACUCCACGUACGGGACUCGACGAUCAUUUUGAAAGCCGGUUUUCGGAUUGACUGGUGCUAAAAGUUAUCAGAGACAUCAUAGAAAAUUCGAAGAAUUUUUCGUAUCCGUGUAGAUAUCGCUUUUAAUACCACCUAUCGCGUCAUCUACAACAUCAUCGUCGUCGUCGGCGUCGUCUCGUUCGAGAAUCGUUACGAUUCCGAUACAACGGUCCGGAUCCCGAUAAAACUUUCUCGAGAACAUGCAACGAUAAAAAGUGGUCCGUAUUCAAUUUAUCGUGAAUUAUCGUGAACUCUGGAAUCUUCUAUAAUUCUUCGGGCGUCGCGAUAUAAAUACCAUCAUCUGCAUCGUCAUCAUCGUCAUCGCGUCGUCAUCGUCAUCGUCAUCGUUUUACGGUAUAAUUAUACAGUGUUACAAGUGUGAUCUUCGUGUGCUUUUUAUUCCGUUUUUUGUUAUGGUAUUCGAUCGCAACCAGCUGGUCCUUCGAAUCAAUUUUCGUAUCGCGCGCGUGGACUGAACUCUGGAGGGCUGUGCGAGAGACUUAGACCGCGAUCUGAACUUUGCCCGGUGAAAAAUUAAGCCCGGCAAUCGGAGGAGAGAUCCGUCGGAGAAGAGGCGGAGGUUCGUAGCUUAUCUCGCGAGAAGUAGAGACCCCCAAAAGCAGAGAUAAGGGGAAUCGGCAACCAUAAUAACGAGUGUGGACGGGGUCAACGGGGCGUUAAAUAGUGGUGCGACGUUCGGCUACGCGGGUCGCCAGGCCGGCUCGGGGGGGCCGGGCCCGGGUGGAGUGAUGAGCUGCCCCGAGGUCAUGUACCAGGCCUAUUAUCCUUACCUUUAUCAACGAGCGCCACCGCCCCCGCAUCCGACUCACCCCCACGCUACGCCGCACCCCCAUGCUCAUGGCCACGCCGCUCCCCAUACGGCGCACGCAGGUCACGCCGCGCAUCCCGCUCAUCACAGUCCCGCGAGACCCGCGCCCUUUCAACCCUUCUCCGCAGCGUCGGCGACCCACCAGUACGACAGGUUAAACGUUCACCAAAGGUCCCUGGAAGCGGCGGGUCUCGAACUCUGCGGUGGCGGAGGAAGUGUUCCCCAAGGUCAACCCAGCAGCACCGGUUCCGUCGGUUCCGCACCCAGUCCGGCGUCCCCCAGACCGACCCCUCAACCCCGACCUCCGUUGGCAACUACUACGUCGCAACCUUCGCGAACUUUGGACGACGACAGAUCUACGGAUGCGGUCGGUGGCGCCGGCACAGCAGAUGAUUCGGAUGACGGUGAAAGUAGAGCGACGUACGUAGGUCCGAACUGCAUCGUGUUCACCAACUACCGAGGGGACGCCGCCUCCGAGGUCGACGAACAUUUCCAAAGGGCGCUGGCUCACGACAAACUCAAAGAAAACACGUCUCCGAUGUCGGCGAGAAAUUUUCCACCCUCUUUUUGGAACAGUCAACAUCCCGGAGAUGUGUACGAUUACCCAACGGAUCCUUGGCACCCUCACUACCCCCAGUACCACCACAGAGCCGUCCACGAGUACCACCACCACAAUAUGGCGGCAGCAGCUGGAUACGGGGGUCUUUUGCUCGGUGGGGCCCGAGGACUGGGCCAUCAUACCUCGCAUCACGCAGCAGCAGCAGCAGCGCAUCACGCGCACGCCGCCGCAUCGUACAAAGACUGGACGUCGGCAACCCCACCGCAAUCCCUGGUGGAUCCGUCGGCAGCACCACCCUAUCCUCACGGCCCUUACGCACCCCUUCCCGGCCUGGAAUCGCAGGUACAAGACUCUAAGGAUCUCUAUUGGUUUUAAGGGAAAACUGAAGCUAAUGAUUCGAUCUGCUGGCUCAAACGCGACGCACUUGUAUAAAUGAAACAAUAAUAAACCACUAAAUCAAAAUUAGAAAAACAUGUUUUUGAGUCAGAAGACAAUAUAAGGCGCAGAAUUUCCGAAGAUGACGUGAUAUAUAUAGUAAAAUUUGUUUAAUAUAACGAUUAAUUGAUUAACGCUAAAGUAUAGUAAAAAUUAUUGAUUAAAAAAAAGAGAAAGAACAAAAAAACAAACUACGGAAAGACGCUGUUCCGAGGUGCAGUGCUUAUAAUGGGGUAUUGGUGCGACGAUAUAAUUGACUUAUAUAUGAAGAGAAAGAAAAAAACUUAGACCGAAAUGAAAAAAAACAUUGUUAUUAUACUGUUGAAUAAUAAUAAUAUUAAUUAAUAAAUUAGCAUUAUAUUGAAAUUGUACAUAGUGUUACCUAAAUCUCGUAAGGAUCUACUAUUAAUUAUUAUCAUUACGAAUUAUUAUUAUUCUUAUCAUCAUCAUCAUCACUAUUAUUAUUAUUAUUAUUAUUAUGUGAAAUUAGUCUCCGCGCGCGCACUAUUACCUUAUAGUGACGACUGGCCGGCUGAUGCUGAAAAAAAUCUCUAGUUCAUAGCAAGUAGGAUAUAGAUUUAAAGAAAAAAGAAGAAGAAAAUGUCCAAAUUUACCAACUAAUUAUUUAUAGGUACACACACGCACAAACGCGUUGUCGAAAUACAAUAAAUAAUUUCUAUAUGCGAUUAUAUAUUAUAUUCAUAAAAAAUAUUUCUAUGAAAUAAAAAUUUAUGAUUAGCGAUGAGACGAGGAGGGAAAAAACAAGCGACACAAAAUCAAUGAAGAUGAAUAAAAGGAUGAUGGAAUGCACACCUUAUCGA